AUGAUAUCUUGCGGUUGGGGACCAUAUCCGGCUGCCGAUCGAAUAGAGUACGUAGAAGAUCAUGUGAACUCUGGAGGUCUGACGUUCUUAUCAAACGCUAAGAGGAUGCUAAUAAUGCAUGCAGAGUGUUGUCCCGGCACUUUGGUAUCCGAUAUCCAGGCUGGCGGAUGUGCCAGAAAUCCGGGCUUUUUUAGCUACCCAAGUCAAUAG